GAGGAAACUGAAGUGAGAAAGACGUAACUGAAAAAGAAGGAUUGGAAGGAACAGAUUCAUUUCUUCACAAGAUCAAGUUUGAAUUAAAUGGCUGAUAAACAGAUCAGUUUACCUGCCAAGCUGAUCAAUGGAGGGAUAGCUGGGCUGAUCGGGGUCACCUGUGUAUUUCCCAUUGACCUGGCAAAAACUCGCCUGCAGAACCAGCAGAAUGGCCAACGGAUGUACAGCAGCCUGUCUGACUGCCUCAUUAAAACGAUUCGCUCGGAAGGCUACUUUGGCAUGUACCGAGGGGCUGCAGUGAACCUGACUCUAGUGACACCAGAAAAGGCUAUCAAACUGGCAGCCAAUGACUUCUUCCGGUAUCACCUCUCCAAAGAUGGGAAAAAGCUGACACUGCUGAGGGAGAUGCUGGCAGGCUGUGGUGCAGGUACCUGCCAGGUGAUUGUCACCACUCCCAUGGAGAUGCUCAAAAUCCAGCUGCAGGACGCAGGACGCAUUGAGGCACAGAGGAAGCUCAUGGCGGCGCAGGGCCAGCCCUCCUCCUCCCCCGCGGCGGCCAAGCCGGCUGUGGAAAAGCGCCCCACAGCGACCCAGAUAACCAGGGAGCUGCUGCGGAGCAAAGGCAUCGCCGGACUCUACAAGGGCCUGGGAGCCACGCUGCUAAGGGAUGUCCCAUUCUCCAUUGUUUACUUCCCACUGUUUGCAAACCUGAACAAGCUGGGCCAGAAGGACCCCAAUGUCAAGGCUCCGUUCUACGUGUCCUUCCUCUCUGGAUGUGUGGCUGGCAGUACGGCUGCAGUGGCUGUCAAUCCUUGUGAUGUGAUCAAAACGCGGCUGCAGUCCUUGCAGAGAGGAGUCAAUGAGGACACCUACUCGGGGAUCCUGGACUGCACCAAGAAGAUCUGGCAGAGGGAAGGGCCCUUGGCCUUCUUCAAAGGGGCCUACUGCCGAGCCCUGGUGAUUGCUCCUCUCUUCGGCAUUGCACAAGUGGUGUACUUCGUGGGCAUCGCCGAGUUCCUGCUGGACCUGCUCCCCAGGCGCCGGGCCUAGCCCUGCGGGGCUGCCUGUGCCUGCCCCGUGCAGCGCCGGAUCCAUCCCCGUGUUUGCCAUCCCUGUCCAUCCGUGUCACAGCAACAGCACAAAGGCUUCGGCAGGGCUGCAAGGGACCUGGGGCCCGCGUGGGCAGACUGGGGAGGGAGAGAGUCCCUUCCCUGCCGCCUCUGGAACCCGCCCCUCCCGCUCCUUCCAUGGACAAUACUUAAUUAUUCCUCUCUCUCUCUCUCACUCACUCUCUCUCUUUUUAAUUUCCCACUUUUUGGUUUUAAAUUGUCAUUCUUAAGGACACUGGUAAGCACAGACUGGGCUUGCAGACCCAGAAAUCUCCUCUCAGUCUUGGGAAGGAGGAGAGAUGGGAAAGUAAUAACUUCAAUCCUCAUCCACUCGAGUUUCCCUUUCUACCUGGAGCUGCCAGCCAUCUGAGGAGGAGCUGGAGGGGCAGCUGUGUCCCCUCAGCGCCUCCUUGGCUCUGCUGACCUCGGGUCAAGAGUGAAUGCUGCACAAAGGGGGCUUAACUCAUUGCUGCUGGAGGCAGGGGUGGGGGGGAUGCUGGCUCUGGCAAGUUCCUUGGCCUGGAAACCUUCAGUCCUCCCUUCUCCCUUUUUAAAAACUAGUUGGACUUAAAUGAAUUCUGACUGUUCCUAUUGA